GUCGCAAUCGUCCAGAUAUGGUUGUAUUAGUAAGAAAUACUUGUCUUUUUCGAGGUGAAGAAAAGUCCCGUGAAGAAGCAGGAGAUCCUUCAAGAGAAUUAGUGGAUAAAAUUAAUGAUUGGACCUAUGGAGAUACACCAUAUUAUGCUGUUGGUGCCCAUGUCACAUUUGUUACUUUGCAUAAGCCUGAAAAUAAGUCGACUAAAAAGAGAAAAAUGAGCGUUUAUUCUGAACGAAUUGCAGAAUUUGAUUUAGAGCGUUUGCCGGAUAGAAUUCGCAUCAUGAAUUUCCUUCAAAAUAUUUGUCGUCUAUUACCUCUUAUAGCGAAUUUAUGCCCUCCGAGAGAAUCUCAAACAAUUCCUCGACAAAAUGGAACUAUUGUUGAACUUGG